AAGAGUGAGACUGUUUGUGUGGUUCACAGUGGACACGCCCUGACUUCUGCUGGAAGCAGCACUGUGAAGGCGUGAUCACACCAGUGAGUUUCUCUGUGCAGGAUCUGACAGAAAGGAAUCAGCAGGACCUGGUUGUUUGAACUCCUGAAGCGAAGAUGCCAGAAACAGCAGAAGCCGUGUCAGCCACUCUCACCACCAACAGAAACUGCACCAUAGAAAUAUCCAAUGUCAGCGCCACCUACUGUCUCAUCAACCCCAAGGUCUACAUGUCAAGCGGCUUCAGUCAUCACCCGCCCCAGCCCACGGUCCGCACCGCCAUGACAGAAGUGUGCUCCUUCACCAAGGACGACAACACGGCCACAGGCUCGGUCGGCGUGCUGACCUACGACCUGUUCAAUAUGAAGAGCCGGGUUUACGCCGAGCGCGUGGCCAUUAUGUUCUCUGUGCCCUUUGACCACAACCUGUACAAGAACCGUCUGGCCGUGGGCUGCGUGGAGCAUUCCCGCGCCUGUGACAAACAUCUGUACAACCAGAUGUAUGAUGGGAAAGACCUCACCGGCUUUGUGCGAUCUGAGGCAAACGGAUCGGGAGUGUUUCAUCGUGGCUCGUAUAUUGAUCUGAGGGCAACCAUGUCCACCACUGGCAAAGCCAUUGUUAAAGUGGAGCUGUACGAUAAAAUGGGCCAUUAGUGUGGAGACCUGUUUGUACUUUGAUUCAAAAUAAUAAAUAAACCCAUGUACUCAGUUGAAUGGUGAGUCAAAUAAACAUGAAAAAAAAGAGUGAUGCUCAUUGAUUAUACUUCACCUGGUUCUUCAUUACAGGAAAUAAAUAUUCAAAAUACA